AUGGAGUUUGAGGGCAGCAGAAGGAGGGGAUCUAAGUACCCGUACGAGGGAAGCGACGAUGGCAGAGACGAAAGGUACCCACGGGAGAGACACAAUUCGCCAAGGGCGCGCAGAAGCAGGUCCCACUCAUAUAGAGCGAGACGGAACUCAGGGGAGAAUCACGGAGGUGGGGACAGGUACCAUAUGGACGGAAGAGGACGCAGAGAGAGGAGCUCGGGCAGCAAUCAACCCUCACGAGAAUCAUAUGCAAAGAGAAGUGAAGACAAUUCAAUGGAAGAGGCAAGGUGGCGAUCAAGGAGAGGGGAUCGUGAUGAACGUGACGAGAGGCUAGAACGCCGUUCCCACCGCGGAAGGAGCGACAGCCGGGACAGGAGGGAACGUCGAGACAGACGAGACAGACGAGACAGGAGGGACAGCAUUGAUGGCCGUUGA